GAAUCCUAACUCCUAACGCUGCAGCUGCUCACACCAAACUCUCCACCAUCCAUGCAGGGCUUCACGCCGAUCUGCCAAACCGCCAUGCAUCAUGCCAGUUUCCAGAUGCCAGCAGGUCCCGGCUCACAGCAAUCGCCAUCCCAGGAACACACCAUUGCCGUGCAUCGCCGCCGCUCCAAUGCUAUAAACCCGCCGCAACCAACCACGAAACACCUCCUCAAGAAGAACCAAUCAAGAAACCAAUCAGCUAGCGAGCACCAAUGGCGCCGGCUCCUGCGCUCCGCGUCGCGCUGCUGCUGCUGGCGGUGUCCGUCGCCGGCGUCCACGCGCAGGCCGGCGGCAGCGGCAGCACCGCCACCUGCAGCACCGACCUGUUCCGCCUCCUCCCAUGCCUGCCCUACGUCGAGGGCUCCGUCGCCGCGCCGGCGGACACCUGCUGCGCCAACCUGGGCAGCAUGGUGCACGACGAGCCGCAGUGCCUCUGCCAGGCGCUCAGCAACCCCAGCGCGGCCCCCGUCGCCGUCGACAUGACACGCGUGAUGGCGAUGCCCCGGCUCUGCCGCCUCGACCUCCCGUCUGCUGCUGGCGCCUGCGCAGUUUCAGGGCUUCUUCCGCCCGGAACAACGCCGCCGCCGCCGGCGGCGAUCGUUCCACGCCCAAACGCGAACUCCACUGCCGCAUCGACCCUCACGCCGGCGACGAGGACGCCGGCGACACCACGUAUGACACCGUCACCGUGGGUGAGCAGCCAGAUGCCACGAUAUAGCAGUGGGUCCAAGGUGGUAGUCGAUGGCUUCUCUGUCGCACUUGGUUUUGUGGCACUGAUUCCAGUCCUCGCUUUCUGAAGCAUUCGGCCACUGACUACCGCAAUGGUUGGCAUCUCAUCAGGCAAUUAGAAUUGUGUCGUAGAAAAACUCAGUUGUAGUCUUCUUAUGUUUCGUUUCGUAGAGAGUGUAGGAGAAAGUAAUGCUUGUCCUCCAGGUUGUUCGAUCAGAAAAAAAAAGUUGUUCUUUUCAGCGGCA